GUAAAGAAAGUUUGAACUAAUUUAUGAAUAAAAAACUAUUGGGUUGUACAAGAUCAAGCAUAUUUCGGAAUGUAAUCAAAUCAAUAGCCUGUUAUAAAUGAGACUCACGAAUGAAAUUGUGAAGGUAAAGAAAAAAAGAGUUUUCUCACAGCUAGUUACAUAUGAACAAUUAGUCGAGGAAUCAGCGCCAAUCAAUCCUAAUUUCACUUAAUUUCUCAAUGACCAUCAAAAGAUUGAGGUGAUUGUGAUUUUUUUGAAAUGAAUAUGGUGCGCAUCCGACAGAAACGAACAUUUUAGAGCAUAAUUAACGAUAAAUAAAAAAAACAAAACAAAGGUUAGCCAAAAAGAAGCAGACAAUGAGAAUGACUGUAAUGUAAGAGAAGACGCGAAACAAUUGAAAAAAUGACAAUCAAAUUGUAACCAUGUGACCUGGAUGGAUUAUACAAUUAGUAAAACAACAAGUGUUAUGUUAAGUGACCUGAAUGGCGAUACCAAUAAAAUGCGUCUACAAUCAGUGUUGGAGUACUAGUUGAGAAAACAGUUGAGAUAGAUGAGCAUGAGGUUUACAUUAGCAGUUUGUUGCAUUUUGAAUCUACACCUAACAAGCUACAAGGUUUCUGCUGGUUAUAGUGAUGCUGUCUUAAAUGGCCCUCUGCCGAAGAUAGAAGGUGAUUUCGGUGAUGAAGGUGAUGGUUCCAGUGGAUCAAGUAAGGACAAGAAACGUGAUUUUGGUGAUGGUUCCAAUGGACAGUAUUCAACGUCUUCACACAACACCUAUGGAGGCUCAAGUAACCACCGAGAUGUACAGGAAAAAGAGAAUCGUCUGGCUCAUCAGAAAAGAUCCAAGUUAGCUGGAGGUGAAGGACAGGUGGUAUUUGGCCGAAAAAGACAUGGACGUUAUGAAUUUGAGGAUGGUGAAAGGUAUGAAGAGUCUGGAGAAACUGGAAAUGGUCGGGAACGAGCUUGGUAUUUUGGUAAGCAGGAUAAACCCAGUAAAGGUAAUGAUGACGCUGAAGACGAUGGUGAUCAUUACUCUUCAAGUAACCAAGAUAGUCGGGAACAUCAGCGACACCAGAUUAAUGAUUAUGCUCAUCGGCGUAGGAAAAAUUAUACCCAACUUCAGAGGAGCAAAAAAGCAAUAGGAAAUUCUAGAGUCAACAUUGGUGACAUGAGUCGCUUCCGAAAGAUCCAUAAGAAACAUUUUGGUGGCGGUGAAGAGGAACAUGAAUCAGAAGUUAAAAGGCCUGAGAAGAGCAGAUUCAGCCAAAAGCACCAAAACAAUGGAAGAGUAAAAAAAUUGAAACUCGAAAAUGAUGAUGAAUCGUACGAUGAUCAAGAAGAUUAAUAUUACUCGUUCAGCAAACCAUCAUUUACAAGAUAAUUUUAUUUAAUCUAAAAUGAAUCAUUUUUAGUCUAUUUAAAUUUCCAUUACUGAAAAAAUGAGCAAAAAUUCGGAUGAAUACAAACAAACGGGUUUUUAUAUUUAUAUUUGUAAAAAAUAGUAUCUGAUAAUUUAUUAAUUUGUAAAUUAUUAUGCUUUGAAGUCUCUUAAAUAAAGAAAAAUAAAAU